AGCGGGCGCUCGGCAUUUUUAAUUAACAGUCGACGUCAACACUGCAAGAUGGAUGACAUUGAAAUCCCCCCUUUUCGCCCUUUGGACGAUUUUAUCAAGGAAUCGGCCAGAUUUUCUGCCCCAGCCGUAGGAAAUCCAAUGAGAUGGGCCAACCGAGUGAUAGAUAAUUUGCUGUAUUACCAGACGAAUUAUUUCCUCAUUCUCGUCGUCAUUUUCCUUAUUGUUGGAUGUAUAAAUCCUUCGCAGAUGCUAUUGGGUUUGGCCAUUGUGAUAGCAGCAUUCCUUGGAUUUAGUUACUGUUCUACCAAUAAGAAAGAAGUGAAGGAAUUCAAGAAGGACCAUCCAGUGGUCUGUGUGGUCGCGCUCUGCCUUGUGAUCUGGCUUCUCUUUUAUCUCUUUGGCAGCAUUCUUGUUCUUAUCUGGGGCUUGGCCGCACCAGCAAGUGUGAUCUUUAUCCAUGCCUCCCUCCGGAUGCGCAACAUGAAGAACAAGAUGAGCAAGAAGAUAGAGUCUCUGGGUCUGAAGAGAACCCCAAUGGGGAUGAUCCUCUUCACCUUUGGUCUCGAGGAGCAGGCCAGGUCGUGACUAGAGAGAAUGGGGUUCCAACUGUGCAGCCGCAGAUUUCUCCAGGGCAACGAGCACACCUACAGGCAGCAGCGUGAAGAGGUGGAGGGAAGCUGGUAUCACACACCUCGUAAUGAAGUCACUGUCCGUCAACCUUACCGCUCACCCAGUAAAUUGGCAACCUGGGGAACACUAUUCAAGAGUUUAUUGCUAUCUAGAAAUAAAUCUUUUUCAAAUCAGUCAUAUCAAAUUUGUCCUAAAUCAGAUGAACCUGUUGAUCUUGGACAAGAGGCAAAGGAAGAUGAUGCUCUCAUAACUACUCAACCUAAAAAAAUAAAAUUUAACUAUAAAUCUAAAUUAGACUAAUAACAUUUCUAUUCCAAGAAGUUAUAUUCAUGGAAAGAGUCCCAAAAUUAAGUCGUGUAUCCUUUCUUUCAUAUUAUAAAAUUUCUUUUUAAAGAAUUUCGUCUUCCUGCUAAAUAUGGUACGACUGAAAUACAUGUUAUUUAGAAAAUACAGUGUUGGUAUUUUGUAAACUGCUGUUCUAUAAAUGAUGUGGAAAUCAAUCCCAUAGAUAAGCAUAAAUUCUUAUUUUUUUCCCCAAAUUAAAUUAGAUGACUUCAACAAAUAAUCUUAAUAUAGUCUUCUUACGUUUUCAUUAUGGAAUAAUGUGUAGUAGUUUAUGGAGUAAAUACAUUGUUUUGGGGCAGUUUAUUGUGACUAAAAAGUGUUCACUUUUUAUUUGUAACUAGUAUCAUCAUGUAGCCACUCUAGUCCAGUAAUAAUGCAUUUAUAUAAUUCAUACAUAGGCUAUAUAUUAUACAUGUGUGUAUCUGUUAGUAGUUAGUCAAAUUAUAGUUUUUGAAUUGUAGUGGGAGUUCAUUCAUGGUCACAGGUGAUAGGGGGAGAGGGAGGGAGAGAGAAAGAGUGAGGGAUAAGGACAAGAGAGAGGAAGUGAAGAAAUACAAAAGAAAAUAUUAGUCGAAAAUAUAUCCUUUCCUGUGAUGUUCUAUCUUCACUUUGACUUCUAGAAAAAUAUACAAUGUAUACUUGCCAAAAACAUUAUUUUCCCCUUUUUCAUUUUAAGGAAACCUUCAUUUAGUAGCAUCAUAAAUGAAGAAAAUAUUUCCCUACCUAUCUGGUCUCCCUUGAAAUAUUCCUAUAUCCUUAUUUUGCCAUCUGAAAACUUAUAGCAGUAAGAAAUGAAUUUGCCGCUGAAUGUACUUGUAACAUAUUUUGUAUAGCAAUAUUGAAUAAUACGUAUGUCUUUUUUGUAACUUUUGGACCAGUACAUUGUAAUUAAGCUUUCAUGUUGCUUCUUUUCGAUCAAUGCCCACAUUGUACAUACAUGGAUUGUAACUUGUAGUUUCUUGUAUUGCUGAUCACUUGUGAAAAUUUUAGGCAUAACAAUAAGGGUUAGGUGGUCUCUUCUUACAAUGUUGUAGGCUAGUUAUGAGGAAGACAAUUAAUUUUAAAUUUUCAAAUAUUUGAAGCACUGAGUUUUAUUAGUAAUGAAAUAGUCUUUGAAGGAGGAGCACAUUUGAUAAGUUUAUCAUAUCAAUCAAGUCUUCACUACAAAUCUCAUAUACAUAUUUAUUCAGCAAUAGGAAGAACUCUGAGUGAUGGAAUAACUGUGGGGGAAACUCCUUUGAUUCUUGGUUAUAAUUUGUCAUAUGUUUGUACAGUAUCUUGGUAAUGGUAAAUUAAUUGGGUUGUGGCAAGUAGAUUAAUUUCAUGCAUAUCAAUAUUUUAAAUCAAACUGAGAAAACAAAUACAUAACUAAAUAGAAUGUAACAAAUCAUAAUCUUUGUUUAAUAGUCAAAUAAUGUAAGGCACAAAGAAGAACGAAAGAGCGUUAAAGCUUUAAUAGACUGAAAUUUAUGUUUAUAUUUUACUAACAGAAAAGUAAUGUAAGUGACCAAAGGGUGUAAAGAUAUUCUUGUAACAUUUUUAUGCUGCUCAUUAAAUGUUUCCAUAUGUUUAUUUAUAAUUGAUGUGCAUACAUUUAUAUGUGCUACUAUUAUUGUAAUCCAACUCUUUCAUAGGGUGACCUGAAAUGUUUACUCAACCUGUAAUAUUAAACAAAUUUAAGGAACACAAGUAAGAGUACAAUAUAUAAGAACAGUAUUUUUUUUCUUCAAAUAUGUCUAUUUAUAACAAUGAUGUUUGCCCUUACAGAUACAAUUCAGUAACCUAGACGUUGUAGCAAUCGUUUGUGGUAUGAAUUCUAGUAGGAGAACAUUUCAAUUCAAUUAUUUUAAUUUUCUGAAGGAGAAAAGGGAAUUAAUUUGAUUUUUAUGAUUUUUAUGAAUUAAAAAAGAAACUGGUCUGGUAACUUAUUGUGAGGGACUAUAAGCUGUGACACCAUCCAUUGAAUAAGUUGGAAAAGAAGAGGGAUUUGUUGGUUCAAAAUCUUCCUUAAAAGCCAUAUUUGAAGUAGAUAUGUAACAAACAUAAAAUAUUUAAGUCAAAUAAGAAAAAGUAUUAUUAGUUGAAUAAGACUGAGGUUUUAAUUGUAUAUUUAUCAUAUACGUAAUAUUUGUUUUGUUAUUUCUUUAAUGGUAAAGGUAAACACUUGAUCAUGUUACCAAUGUUAAUUUUAUUGCGGCAAUGAAUAAACUUCAAAGUAAACAUACCGU